UGCAGCCAUGUUGACCUCAUCAGGCUUAAGCUUUCACCAGCUAUUCGGCCUUACACUUUCGGUUUUGCUUCUUCUUCCCCUGCCAUCCCAUUCUGCAGACCCUGAUCCAUUACAAGACUUCUGUGUCGCAGAUGUGAGUUCCUCCCUAUCAGUUAAUGGCUUUCCUUGCAAACCGGCAUCGCAGAUCACCUCGGAUGACUUUUUCUUCGAUGGACUGAGCAAAGAAGGGAACACAACCAAUCUGUAUAACGCGACUGUAACAACUGGGAAUGUCCUUGCGUUUCCUGGGCUCAACACCCUUGGGAUAUCAAUGAACAGAGUCGACUUUGCUCCAGGCGGAAUCAAUCCGCCGCAUUCGCACCCUCGUGCAAGUGAGUCUGGGGUGGUCAUUGAAGGGAAGCUGCUUGUGGGGUUGGUGACUACUAACAACGUGUAUUACUCCAAGGUCUUGAGUGCUGGGCAGAUGUUUGUGAUUCCGAGGGGACUUGUUCACUUUCAGCUAAACGUUGGAAAAGGAAAGGCUCUUGCCUUCACAGCUUUCAACAGUCAUUUGCCAGGUGCUGUUGUACUAGGAAGUAAUCUGUUUGCUUCGACACCUUCCAUCCCUGAUGCAGUGUUAACUAAGGCCUUUCAAGUAGAUGAUGAUGUUAUCAACAGCAUUCGAUCCAAGUUUCCUGCACGUUCAUCUUGGUCUAACCGUGUAUAGGAACGUGCAUGAAACUGUACUCUUUUUUGAGCUCUUCCUUAUCAAAUAAAUUGUUCUCAUCCACCUUAUUUGAAAUUUAUCAUAGUAAAUCUUAUUCACUUUUAUUAUUGUGGUAUUUCUCAUCUAAAUUGUUCGAAUCAGGUUUUGAGU